AUGGCCUUGUCUACUAGAACUGCUGCGAGAGCUCUGAGAGCCUCAAAGCUCUCUCAGAACGUCUGCAAUGCCACCCGAAGCUAUGCCACCGCCGAGCCGGACCUCAAGGAGACACUCAAACAAGUGAUUCCAGAAAAGAGAGAGCUGUUGAAGAAGGUCAAGUCGCACUCGUCCAAGGUGAUUGGAGAUGUCAAGAUUGAGAACACUCUGGGAGGCAUGCGUGGUCUCAAAGCCAUGGUCUGGGAGGGCUCGGUCCUUGAUGCCAAUGAGGGCAUUCGCUUCCACGGCAAGACGAUCAAGGAUUGCCAAAAGGAGCUGCCAAAGGGCACGAGUGGUACAGAGAUGCUGCCAGAAUCCAUGUUCUGGCUGCUCCUCACAGGCCAAGUCCCAAGCACCAACCAAGUGCGUGCCUUCAGCAGAGAGCUCGCUGAGAAGGCCCAGCUCCCAGCCUUCGUGAACAAGAUGCUCGACGACUUCCCUAAAGACCUCCACCCAAUGACCCAAUUCGCUUGCGCUGUCUCUGCCCUGAACUACGAGAGUGUCUUCGCCAAGGCAUACGAGAAGGGACUGAACAAAGCAGACUACUGGGAGCCCACCUUUGACGACAGCAUCAAUCUGCUGGCGAAGCUCCCAACAAUUGCCGCUAAGAUCCACCAAAACGCCUACUGCGGCGGAGGUGCACUCCCUGCCGAGAUCGAUCUCAGCCAGGACUGGUCGUACAACUUCGCUGCCCUGCUUGGAAAGCCAGGCAAGGAGAACGAGAACUUCCAGGACUUGCUCCGUCUGUACCUCGCUCUUCACGGUGAUCACGAGGGCGGCAAUGUCUCCGCCCACACGACUCACUUGGUGGGCUCUGCUCUGAGUGAUCCCUACCUCUCAUACUCGGCUGGUCUGCAAGGUCUUGCAGGUCCAUUGCACGGCUUGGCGGCGCAAGAAGUCCUUCGAUGGAUCCUGCAAAUGAAGGACCACAUCGGCACCAACUUCUCCGACCAGGAUGUCAAGGACUACCUCUGGACCACACUGAAGUCUGGUCGUGUGGUGCCUGGCUACGGCCACGCUGUGCUGCGCAAGCCAGAUCCACGAUUCGAGGCUCUCAUGGACUUUGCUUCAAGCCGGAAAGAGAUCGCGGAGGACCCAGUCUUCCAGUUGGUCAAGCGAAACAGUGAGCUUGCACCGGGUAUCUUGACGGAGCAUGGCAAGACCAAGAACCCCUUCCCCAACGUCGACAGCAGCUCUGGUGUCUUGUUCCACCACUACGGUUUCCACAACACUCUGUACUACACUGCCACGUUCGGUGUCAGCAGAGGCUUGGGACCAUUGGCACAGCUCAUCUGGGAUCGUGCACUCGGCCUGCCAAUCGAGCGCCCAAAGUCCAUCGAUCUCAAGGGUCUGCUCGAGCUUGCAGAGAAGUAA